AUGAACUCCCCUGUACCUCAGAAACCACACCCACGCUCCGACGAGGGGUAUACGCUCUUAUCCUCAAGAUCCUACCUCGAAAUGGUCUGGGAAGCCCGCCAGGAGCGCGAAGACGACGUGCGGCAAAGGAUGCACACAUCACCACCAGAGGAGCUGAGUCUAAAGAAUGAAGAACAGCCAGGGCGGGCGCUUCGGCCACGCAGAAAGCUGUCAUCAAAAAAAGAAGCAGAGAUCGAGCAAGUGCCAGAGAGAAACGGCCCCGGGCUCCCGGAUCGCCCCGCCCGGAAACGGGGGCGCCCGAGACUGGAGACGGAGAAGGAUGCGGCGGCUAUCCAGGAACGGCGGCUGCAGGUUCGGCGUGCGCAGCGCACGUACCGGCUCAAGAAAGAGGCCACCAUCCAGUCCCUCAAGACCCGGGUGGCCAUGCUGGAGCAGACACUGCAGAAUGUGUCCAACAUCCUGGGUCCUGUUCAGUCGGAUAGUCUGACUGCUCAGCCGGGCACUGAUUACCUGACCGAAACGCGGCAGCUGAUUCUCGCUGAAAUUGACAAGACUCGGACGGCAGAAGAGGAUGGCAGUCCCCAAACCGAGCACAGCCCGGACAGUCUCAGUGAUAUAUUCGGAUAUCAAGUAUCACAUACAGUGAAGGAUGAUAAAGGCCAUAACAAUGGUCGUGAACUAUUAUUAUCGCCCUCGAGAUCUCAUACGCCCCUCCUAAACCGCCUUCUCCCAACAGCAACAAUCUACACCUACAGCCAUCAAGAAUCCAACCUCUCACGACGAUUGCAGCGUUUCUGCCUCGAACACACCUACCGCUGGAUAAACGAUCCACACUCAGACCCGAUGGCGAUGAGCCGUGUCUUCGGCCUUCUGACUUGUAUCCACGACAUCCCUGGAUUGAAGCGGGCGUAUCAGCGCCUGAUCAAGUCAGAAAUCGGGGGCUCGCUGGAAUUUUCCAAAACACCGUACUACACUCUCGGAGGUGCAGGGACGCAUUUCCCGCGCCGUGGACCGGACGGUUGUCCCCUUUACCCCGAGAAUGUCCGCAGACCGGGCCGCGUGUUGCGCAGACUGUCGAAUAUCUUGCGCCGUGGCGGGAUCAGGGUCUUGCAGGAGGAUUGGACUGCGGAUCUGGAGAGCGAUUAUUGGGACCGGCGAAAUGGAAAAGAAGAGUGGACGAGUCAGCUCCAUGAACUGGAUCUGGAUGGGAAGUGGUUUGAUUGUCAUGAUGUCCAGGGUUACCUCGAACACCGAGGCGUUGCUUUGAACGGCUCUGCUUUGAAGCUAGAUAUUUCUUCGGCGACAGCUGAAGAUUUGUUUGGUUCUUCGUCGGGGAAAAGUGCGUUCCAGUUUUAUGCCUCUCCACCGGUGUACGAGGAGGAGGCGUGGGGCUCUACUCCGUCGGCAUAUGUCCUGGAUGUGGAAUGCUUUUUUGAGCUUCUUUUGACCAACCUCAGAGUCCUCGGACGAGCUCCUGGAUUUCGAGCUUCGGACGUGGAUGCCGCCCUCCGAGCGGCAAUUCAGAAACGCCCUUCCUGA